AUGCCUCCCAUGGGAAUGCCGACCAUGCCCGGAAUGGGCGGAAUGCCCGGCGGAAUGCCCGGCGGAAUGCCUGGCGGAAUGCCGGGCGCGCCCGGUGCAUCAGCUCCGGGAGCCAACGGCACUGCUCCGCAGGGCAUGGGUGCGAUGCCGGGCAUGCCUGCCGGAAUGCCCGGAAUGAUGCCAGGCGGAAUGAACCCCAUGAUGAACCCUAUGAUGUUCAUGAUGAUGCAGCAGCAGAUGCAGCAGCAAAUGCAGCAGCAAAUGCAGCAGAACAUGCGUCACGGGCAGCUCACACAGACCAUGAUGAAGAAUGCGACCAACGGUCCCGCGGAGUCAAAGCCUGGGGCCACUCUGGCCGAUGACGAUGACACCAUAGACCCCGAGAUACAGGAGCUUUGCGACUAUUUCAACAUCGAGGACAGAUGGAUCAAGAGACUGAACGAAACUAUGAAGAAGAGGCAAGACACAAAGGCAGAAGACAUCGAGAAGUUGUAUGAGACUCUUGAAAGAGCACGAAGCCCCACCGGUUUGCUGACGGUCAAGAUCGGUGAGAUGGAAAGCGGUCGCUUCAUCGGCAAAGUGAAGCCAGCCAAAGAAGUGGAACGACUGGCUCGAAAGUUCAAGCUGGAUGACCCCGUAGCGUCCAGGCUUACAGCACCGCGAAAGAAGGAGAACGAGAUUGACCGCAUGCAUAAGGAUCUGAACACAGUCGAGCAGCAUCUGAAGUAUUGCAAACGCGCCAAUGCCAUGGCCACCCUGCUCGUUGGGAAGUUGCUGGAAGGCGAGGUGGAAGAGCUGCCCGACUUGUCGGAUGCUGAGAAAGUCAUGGACAAGUAUCGUUUAGACGAUGACGCAAAGUCGAAGCUGCGUGAAAUCAUUGAGAAGAGGGCGGAGGACAAAGACGAAAUCUUGGUGAAGAUCAAGAAGCACCUGGACAACUGCAAGAUCGCGAGGCCGUUGAUUGACAACGAGCCCCUGGCUGAUCCACCCGAGCGACCGCAAAAGGGCGGCGAAAAGGGUGCAGCACUUGCUGCACUGGCAACCGCUGAGCAUUCAGACCGGCACAUGAAGCACUUGCGUGCAUUGCAAGGGACCAGGACCGUCGAGACCGGCACCGGAGUCGGAGCCGCGACCGGCAUCGAAGUCGCAGCCGACGGCGGCGCAGUCGGCUGCAGGGAGGAACAGAAGCCCAAAGCACCUUGCCAACGGAGCCGGGGCAAGCGGAGCCGUAGCCGCGGCCGAGAGAAGAGCCAGGAACGCAAGAAGUCGCCCGGACUGUGGAAGCAGGAAGACGUAUUUGAUGAGCUGCUGGUGCUGUUAUCGACGACGAUGGCCAUGAUGGUGGGGCGGUGGCGUUUCGGCUUACUUCCGCCUCUCGCGGGAUGUCCUGGGCAAGGGACCUUAGGUAGCAUGCAGCCGCCCAACGCCAUGGUGCCCACGGCGCCCGGGGCUGCACCCGGCGGGGGUGCACCCGGGCCCGGAGCUCCCGGAGCUCCGGGGAUGCCCCCCAUGAUGGGGAUGCCGCCAAUGCCCGGCAUGAUGAUGGGAGCACCUCCAGCGACGGGAGGAGGGACAGAGCCGGCGAACGGCACCAGCCCGGCACCGGGAAUGCCAGGGAUGCCACCCGGAAUGCCGGGAAUGCCCGGCAUGAUGCCCGGUGGCAUGAACCCCAUGAUGAACCCGAUGAUGUUCAUGAUGAUGCAGCAGCAAAUGCAGCAGCAGAUGCAGCAACAAAUGCAGAAGAUGCAGAACAUGCGACAGGGACAGCUCGCGCAGACCAUGAUGUCGAAUGCGAUGAGUAGCCAGUCAGAGCCCAAGUCGGGGGUCAAGCUCCCGGAUGACGAUGAGACAAUCGAUCCCGAGAUACAGGAUUACUUCAACAUCGAGGACAGAUGGAUCAAGCGGCUGAACGAGACUAUGAGGAAGAGGCAAGACACCAAGGCCGAAGACAUCGAGAAGCUAUAUGAGGUGCUCGAAAGAGCGAGAAGCCCCACCGGCUUACUGACGGUAAAGAUCGGUGAGAUGGAAAGCGGUCGCUUCAUCGGCAAAGUGAAGCCAGACAAAGAUGUGGAGCGACUAGCUCGAAAGUUCAGGCUGGAUGACCCUGUUGCCUCCAGGCUUACCGAGCUUACUCACCGGCGAAAGAAGGAGAACGAGAUUGACCGCAUGCACAAGGAUCUAAACACCAUCGAGCAGCAUUUAAAGUACUGCAAGCGUGCCAAUGCCAUGGCCACCCUACUUGUUGGGAAGCUGCUGGAAGGCGAGGUGGAAGAGCUGCCGGACUUGUCGGAUGCUGAGAAGGUGAUGGAGAAGUAUCGCCUGGACGAUGAUGCAAAGUCGAAGUUGCGUGAAAUCAUCGAGAAGAGGGCAGAGGACAAGGACGAGGUCCUGGUGAAGGUCAAGAAGCACCUGGACAACUGCGCGAAUCCCUCCUCGAUGAUUUGCAAGAUCGCGAGGCCGCUGAUUGACAACGAGAAUUUGCCAGAUCCGCCCGAUCGGCCGCAAAAGGGUGGCGACAAGGGCGAGGGAAAAGGUGGUGGCAAGGGCAAGGACAAGGACAAUCGGGACCGGCACCGCAGCCGCAGCCGCGACCGGCAUCGAAGCCGCAGCCGACGACGGCGCAGCCGGAGCCGUGGCAAACGCAGCCGCAGCCGUGGCAGGGAGAAGAGCCGCAGCCAAGAACGCAAGAAACCGUCGGAAGACUGA